UUUCAUUAUUCGGUAUGUCAUGUCCAGUAAUAUCAUUCAUAGAAUCAUUAUUUGGCAAUGUAUCAGCUGAUUUUCUGGGUCUUCCUGUCAUUCCUCUAACCUUUUUCUUCGGUCUACCUCUUGUACCCUUAGAAGAAAAACUUUCAACAGAUGAGGCGCGCGAGGAUAGAUCCAUAGAAUCGUCACUAAUACUGGUUUCAACAGAAGACUCGCGUGUUUUAGCAAUUUUUCUUGGAACGCAAACCUCGGAAGAGAUGCUCAAUGGAGUGAGCGGUUCCACAAGACUUUCAAUAUUGGCGUUUUCAUCAAUGUCAUGA